AUGGCACAAACUCACGCUUACUACGAGGAAAUCGACAGUAUACCCGCAUCCGCCGCCAACCAGACCAGCCCGUUCCACAGCGCAUGUUGGUGGAUCAUUCAUCCAGUGACUUGCGUACAAGUACUGGAUUUGAGUACAAGGGUAUUGGUGGAUUUGAAGGUGUGGAUUGAGGAGACCGUGCCGAAUGAGCUGUUUGUUAGGAAGAGUGGGACUAUCAUGGGAUUUAAGGGUGUACGAGAAGAGACGCUGGGAAAUGUCAUGAGUGAGUUGAAAAAGAGGAAAGACAGGGGUGACUUGGAGAGCGAGGAAGGGUAUGUGGGAGGUUGGCAGGCCGUUGGUAGAGACGGGGAGGAGAUGGCUAAGGAAGUGACGGACGAGGAUGACAACGAUAGGUGCGAUGAGCUACAUGUGAGGAAACAGAAGAAGGCAAACAGACUGAGCCGGAACUCCGGUGCGCAGUUGGAAGAAGCUGCUGCUGCCGGGCGAAACGCUGCCGAGGAAGCGAAAGUGAAGAAUGAAUACGAGUAUGUAGUCUAA